AAUCGUUGAGCAUGCAUGCACCAGCCUCCCAAUGUUCCGGAUGUGCGGAGGUAGUGGCUUAUUGGGAGCAUAUCAGAUCAGACCUCAAUGUAGCCAAUUUUACAGAGCAGUGCGAGCAGCAAAUCUCGAUUCAUCUCAAAAGAUCAUGUGGAAAGUCGUGUGCGAAGGGAACACAACUCAUCGCCUACGCGUUAUUCUGACUUCUCACUUCUGAGAACCUAGUGGAGUGGGCGGCUGGUUGCGCGUUACUGCAAAACCGAUAGAUUAGUGCUUGCAUUGGCUAGAAAAUCAAAAGUUCAAGGGAAGGAAUUAGCAGAUCAAGCGUUUAGUGGAGGUUUCAUCCUGGUUUCACAGAUUUCAAGUUCGCCCUCUCUCUCUCUCUAAGGAUUGGUGAUCGGUGACCUUCUCUUUGUGGAAUUAUGGUUGAUGGAUGGCCGAACCCCUACUCUGAUUUCUAUCCAUUGAAAAUUUGCCCCCCAAUACCCUCUAUGUGUGUAACACGGGCUUUUGGACAAAGGGUGAAAAAUUAAUCUCAUAGACCAGAAAGACAAGGAUUGUUUUUGAACUUUGAUCAAGAGCUUUAAUGGCGGAAAAAUCAUCAGAACAAACCUUGCUUCAAGAUAUAAAAUCUUUGUCAUUGAAUUCAGAAGGCAAAGAAUCAUCUCCAAGCUGUUCAACUCCAAAAACAGAGAUGAGCAUGGAAGAAAAGUUCCAAAUAAUAACGAGUAUUGGAGAAGAGUGUAUACAAGAGGAUGAGUUGCGGAAUCUUCUUGUAAAGAAGCCACAACCAAUUUGUUAUGAUGGCUUUGAACCGUCAGGGAGAAUGCACAUUGCCCAGGGAGUUAUGAAAGUGAUAAAUGUGAACAAAUUGACAUCUGCUGGGUGCAAGGUGAAAAUAUGGAUUGCAGAUUGGUUUGCGCAGCUUAACAAUAAGAUGGGGGGUGAUUUGAAGAAAAUUCAAACUGUAGGGCGUUACUUAGUUGAGAUUUGGAAAGCUGCAGGGAUGGAUCUUGAGGGAGACAAAGUGGAAUUUCUAUGGUCUUCAGAAGAAAUUAAUUCACGGGCGCACGAGUAUUGGCCUCUUGUAAUGGACAUAGCUCGAAGGAACAAGCUUCCAAGGAUAAUGAGAUGUUGUCAGAUAAUGGGUCGUAGUGAGCAGGAAGAGUUGACAGCUGCCCAGAUUCUGUACCCAUGUAUGCAGUGUGCUGACAUUUUUUUCCUGAAGGCUGACAUUUGCCAGCUGGGCAUGGAUCAGCGUAAAGUUAAUGUACUUGCAAGAGAGUACUGCGAUGACAUCAAGAGGAAGAACAAGCCAAUAAUUUUGUCACACCACAUGUUGCCUGGUUUACAGCAAGGGCAAGAGAAGAUGUCGAAAAGUGAUCCCACAUCCUCCAUCUAUAUGGAAGAUGAGGAGGCAGAAGUCAAUGUGAAGAUAAAGAAGGCUUACUGUCCGCCAAAGAUCGUGGAAGGGAAUCCAUGUUUAGAGUACAUCAAGUAUAUCAUUUUCCCAUGGUUUAAGGAGUUUAGGGUUGAGCGAGAUGCAAAGAAUGGUGGGGACAAGACCUACAAUAGUUUUGAAGAACUAAUUGCUGAUUAUGAGAUAGGGGAACUGCAUCCGGGUGAUCUUAAACCUGCUCUUUCAAAAGCAUUGAAUAAGAUAUUGCAGCCCGUGAGAGAUCACUUUGUCAACGAUGCCAAUGCCAAAGAUCUAUUAAAAAGGGUCAAGGCCUUUAGAAUUACAAGGUGAAGUGAAGGAGAGCCAGUUUGCCUAUUUGGUGCCUUGGGUUGCUGAAAAUUCUAAUGAAUUUGAAAAUUUUGCUUUUAACUAUUCGGAGAGUUGUCAGUACAAGAACGAGGCUGUAUACUUUAUGAACUUUUUAAUUUAUUAUGCAUGCCAUUCCGAAAGUCAUGUUAAGCAGAGCACAGUUUAGUUUGCUUUACGAUGUUUUCUUUCUAGUUUGAACUUUUAAUUUAUUAUGCAUACAUUCAAAGGAGUCGCGUAAAUGUGUAAUUUUCUUUACAGGAUACACAUAUUAUGUCUUUCUGAGAAAGGUCUGUUCUUAUGCGUCACAA